UCCCAUCGCUAUAUACAGGGACAAAUUUGAGAAUUUGACAUUAGUUCUUCUAGGCGAGGUGACUGAAGACAUGACUGCCUUCAAACUGGAGCUCCUCUUUUUCACUGCCCUUCUGGGUUCAGUCAAAACAAGAUCUGUUAAUACAACAGGCAUGAAUAAAGUCCCGAUGGGUGCGGAUGACACUGUGAUGGGUGACAUGUGUCAGGACUGCACUCAGAUUUUUGAGCUCCUGAAGGACCUCGUUUCCAAUCAAGACUUUCAGGCCAAAUUAACUGCCACUCUUGAGCAAGUGUGUGAUAAGUUGCCUCCCCAAGUCACUAAAAUCUGCCACACUGAGGUGGAAAAGAUGCUUCCUCUGGCCAUCACCUUCAUAAGCAGCAUAAUGAAUCCAAGUGACAUCUGUACUUUUUUUGGACUGUGUGGAGGCCGUGACAGUGGGAAGAUGAAAGAUAUGUUGCUUAAUCACAUGGCAAAAACUGUGCCAAUAGGAACUAUGAAGAUGGAGGGAUCCUUUCAGUGCUCUGUUUGCACAUACGUUGUGAGCACACUUGGGUAUCUGUUUCCUAGAGAGAGGGCUCAGAGCAUCAUAACUAUCCUGCUUGAGAGUUUGUGCAGCGAGUUUCCUCCUCUGAUUCAGCCACAGUGCCAUAAGUUGGUUGAAAAAUACGUCCAACUCUUGGUUGACAUGCUACUGAACAACACCUCUCCUAACUUCAUAUGCACUCUCCUUCGUCUUUGUGAAAUACGGGAGCGUCCCAUCAACGCGCCUCCGGCACUUUCCGAUUGUGAUUCUUGUCUGACGUUGGCGGUUCUGACUCGAAUGCGUCUGGGCUCCAAUGCCACCGAGCGCCAGGCUGCUUCAUUCCUGGACACCGUGUGCCAGCUGCAUCCUGGUGCCAUGCCGAAGUGUGAUGCGUACGUGCAGCAUCAUGGGAACCAGCUACGUGUGCUUCUGAGCAAACCACAGGGGCCGCUGGAUAUUUGUAAGAGGGCAAAUUUGUGUGUUUCUGGAGAGAAGGAGUCUGCGAUUGCUGCCGGCCCCUGUAGUCUUGGACUGGACUACAUCUGCAGAGACCUCCAGACCGCUGUCUACUGUGGGGCAGUGUCCUUCUGUCAGAUGAACGCUUGGGGAUAAAUCUGUUUCAGCUGUCCGUGCUCAUGGUAAAUGUUAACACAUAGUUUGCCAAAUGUCAAUCAAUGCCUAAUAAACUGAUAAAUCUUGUAUGUACUGAACAAGAUUCUGAACCAUUGGAUAUCUUACUGUUCCUUUGCAUUACAGCCAGUUUAUUAAAGUUUUACAAACCUUA